AUGGGGAUGGGAGAUUUCCACACCAUCUGCAAGAUAUCUCUGCAGGACAGCCAGCCCAGCCAGGACAAGGAACUGCCAUUAUACUUCUUGCAAAAGCUGUUAACUGUGGAUUACCAGGUGAGGUACCUGACUUGCCUGGAAGGGAGCAAGCCAGGCCUUGCACCUGGGCCACAAACCAGAGAGCAAGCAAACCAACAAUCAGAUGCCUUUGAAAUCUUUCAUGAUGAUUUGGAGGAAGCAGCCGUGAACGUGCAAGCAUGGAGCCAUGUGCACCCCAUGGACCUGCAGAUGGCCAUUUUCCAUUGUGCUGAUGACUUCCUGAGACAGACCCUGGCAACCAAGCUGGCAUUCUGCCAACUGGCGCUGCCUCUGCUGGUGCCCAACCCAGGCACUUCACGCAUCGAGUUCCCACUCUACGCCCUCAGCCAAAUCCAAAGGAGCUGGAAAGAGGUGGACAAGUCAGGAAAGCAGGCCCAAACAAAGAGUUUCAGCAACAAACUCAUCUUUCAGGCACAGACACCCUUUGUGUCCUUCAUCCGCAUUGGCAGCUCGGCCUCCUCUUCCAAGUCCCAGCUCCUGAACGCUCUGCUCAGCAAACGCAAACACGACACUUUCUUCCACCGCCACUGCAGAGGCAGCACCAGAGAGCGUUUGCUGAUGGAAGGGCUGGUGGAGAUUGCCUGGUACUGUCCUCGUGGAAGUGCCAAUGACACCUUUGAGCGCUGCGUGGCUUUCUGUAACCUGCAUGGAGACGCCAGGGAUCAUGGAGCACAGAUGCAGUUCCUGCAGGAGAUAUCUGCUGUCAACGUGGCUCUUGUGUCCGAUUGGGAGCACAUGGACAACAGGGGGAAAAAGCUUCUGCAGGACCUGUGGCAGUCACAAAGGCCUUUUGUUUGCCUUCUCACAGAAAAAGAGAACAUUGUAGCUGGACAAGCCAGCAAAAACAUAACAAUCGGGAUCAAGAACAGAAAUGAAGCAGAAAUGAUGGACCAACUGACCAAGACAAUUGGGGAUCUCCUGGAAGGUUCGAAUCCACAUUUCAGCCUGGAUAACUGCGUGGACAAAGCUCGCCAGCUCGGCUUCAUAGUGGAUGCAGAUCGAGCUGCGUGUGUGACAGCCAAAGCAAAGGCAACGGAGCUGGUGGAGCUUCUGAAGAAAGAGAAGCUCUCUGAGAUCAAAUCCCGGCUGCUGCCACUUCAAGGAAAACUGUGGCACCAGUGGUGCCAAAAGGACAAAGAACUCACUCGCUUGCAGGAGAAGAGGAACAAGAGCAUCGAGCUGCAUCGCAGCCAAAUUGAAAACGAGAAGGCAGGAAUAAGAGAAAAGCAACUUGAGCAAGCUUUCCCUCUCAACCCACUGAUGAAAUCAUUCCUUGGCUUUCUCCAGGCUCAGCCAGCAGAUACCAAGAAAUACUUCCUCCACUGGAUGAAGGUCUUUAUGGACGAGCUGUCUUGUGGCCGGAUUGAAGAACUGAGGAGAGACUAUCACAAGUUAUGGACUAAAAACCUGAAAGAAAAGAAACACCAGGAAAAAAACAAUGGGAAUGCUGAGUUGUUGAGUCACUUGGAUGCCCUCUCUGAUGAAAUCAACGAAUCAUCCGUUGGCCUGGAGCACUUUCUGAGGGAGGUAGGGCAGAUUUAUGAAGCUCUGCAAUUAUUGAACUCCAAGAAUGAGAGUUUUGUCAAACUGCCGGAAAUUGCAGCAGAGCUGGUGGUUUCAGGGUACCCCGUGGAGCUGAUGGAUGGGGACGCUUCUUACCUGCCCUUGCGCUGGGUGAAAGCAAUCUUUGACAGCUUAAUUGAGAGGCUGGGGGACAAACGAGUGUUUGUGCUCUCCGUGCUCGGCAUCCAGAGCACAGGCAAGUCCACCCUGCUGAAUGCCAUGUUUGGUCUGCAGUUCAACGUCAGCGCAGGGAGAUGCACCCGCGGAGCCUUCAUGCAGCUCAUCCCAGUGGGCGAGGAGCUGCAGCAAGACUUGGGCUUUGAUUUUGUGCUGGUGGUUGACACAGAAGGACUUCGUGCUAUCGAGAUGGUCAAUAAACAGUCCCUGAACCAUGACAACGAGCUGGCCACCUUUGUCAUUGGUGUUGGCAACUUGACUGUGAUCAAUAUCUUUGGAGAAAAUCCAUCAGAGAUGCAAGAUGUUCUCCAGAUUGCUGUGCAGGCUUUCCUGAGGAUGAAGCAAGUCAAUCUUUCCCCAAGCUGCUUCUUUGUCCACCAAAAUGUAGAACAAGCAACUUCACAGGAGCAGAACAUGGAAGAACAAAGGUGUUUGCAGGAAAAGCUGGAUGAAAUGACUGUGGUAGCUGCUCAGCAGGAAUUCUUUGACACGUCCUCCUUCAGCGAUGUCAUUGGCUUUGACUUGAACACCCACAUUCACUACUUUGCUCACCUGUGGGAAGGAGACCCCCCAAUGGCACCACCCAACCCCACCUACAGCCAGAAUGUCCAGCAACUCAAGAGCAAAAUCCUCCAGGCUGCCAUGAAGCAGUCGCAGCGCAGCAUUUUGAGACUCUCAAGCCUGAAAGAUCGUAUUGGUGACCUCUGGAAUGCUUUGCUGAAUGAAAACUUUGUUUCCAGCUUCAAGAAUUCCCUGGAGAUUGCCGUGUACAGGAAACUAGAAACUGCCUUUAAUCAGUGGACCUGGAAGCUGAGGAGUCACAUCUUAGAUGUACAAAUGAGACUGGACAACAAAAUUUGGAAUGGGGACUUGCAGAAUGUCACCAGAGAACACCUUGAAGGGCUGGUGCAAGAGACAAGUGAUGCCAUUGAGAAAGAAGUGGAAAAGUAUUUCAGGGAAGACAAAGACCAUGAGACACUGGUCCAGUGGAAAUCAAGCACAGAGCUGAAGCUAAAAGAACUAAAAGAGACUCUUCUUCGUGAAACAAAAAAGAAAUGUGAGAAUCUCAUUGAGCUACAGAAGGAGCACAGGAAACUGGAUGCCAGGAAGUUGGAAUAUAAAGAUGAGCUCCUGAGAAGGAGUUGGGAGCUGGCUGUGAGUCUGAAGGGGAAGAGCCUCAGUGAGAGAGAACUGAAGGACAACUUUACUCUUGUCUGGAACCAGUGGAUUGCUGAAGUGUCCCGUGCUGCUCGUCCUCUGGAACAGGUGGAUAUUGAUGCAGAAAUUGAAGACAUCCUUGUAGAGCAGUUUAAAGAGCCAGGUUUUCAUGCACGGAUCAGGUCAUUUCCCAGAGGCAGAGUGUUUUCUUUUGAUCCAGAGAAACACAUCAUGAAGAAAAAGCAUUUAGGUUUUAUCCCAGCUUUCAGGAGCCUUUCCAAUGCUGAUGUGAUCAACUUUCAGCACAUCACAGACAACAUCAUAGCAUGUGUGAAGGCAAACAUUGCUAAGAAGGAAGAGGAGAAACGUGAUUACAGUCGAAAUUUUAUUCAUGAAAUAUUCAAUGAAGUACAGAAAGGUGUGAACUCUGUCCCCAGCAAUGCAACCUGUACUUUUAACAAAGAUUACAGCAUGGAUUUGUCUCUCUAUCUGUGCAGAAUGGCAGCAGAAAGGUUUAAAGCCAUGCACGAAGCAUUCCAAAAGGCAAAUGACCCAGUUGUGUACCUGAGCAGCAAGAGAGACUAUUUCUUCCAAUCUUUCCGGACUUCCUGCCAAGGAGCCACUUCAGUCACAACUUUUGCUGUUUUCCUUUGUGACAAGAUUGAACCAGCUCUUCGCCGGGCAGUCUAUGAGAGGACAGCUAAAGACAUCGCUGAGGACAUGCAGGGCAAAUUCCCAGAUUUCAGGGGCAGCAGAGCCAAUCUGGAAGUUUGCAUCCUGAGAUACCUGGCAGAACAGGAAAAUUUUGAGUAUUUCAAGCAAAGUGACCUGAAGGGCAUCGAGCACCUGGAGGUCACAGACAUCGAGUUCCUGAGCAGGGCCAUGGCAGAAGCUCUGGAUGAUCUGAGGGAAAGGCUCAUGAAAGAAUUUGCUGCCUCCUGCAUCAACUGA